AUUUUCCCACAUUCGAUAUUACACUGCAAGGCAAUGUUAAUGUAAAAUCUCGAGGAGUUUCGAACAAAUUAAGAAGAUCCAUUGGCUAAAACAAGUCACAUGUCUGCCGAAGGGCACUACGGGAAUUUAACCAUAUACAGGAAAAUAACGUGACGUCUGAAAACUAAGUAAGGCCAACCUCCAUAACAACAUAACAAACCACGCCUCUAGAGUGCAGGCAUUAAGGCACAUGACGUUUUGCUUGAUCGCACAGCGCGUGGUAGGGAAAUUCCGAGCGCCGAUGAGUCAUAGGCUAUUCAGAUGAGGGGAUUUGACUGGAUAAACACCUAAUCGAUAGAACAGUAAAAUUCCGCAAUUGAACAUGAACUCAACGUCUCGAUAUGGAAACUCAACCCUUUCCCACAGUUUUACCCGCAAUCAGGAAACCAUGGAAACUGGUGAUUCGGACAGUGGAGAUAUGGAUUCCACUUCAAUUAAUGAAGUACAUCGAGUGAUGCCCAAUACUGUAGAAGAUGACCAGAUAUAUAUGUCUGUUCUUUGGCAUAAUGGAAAACUUGGAAUGGCUUACUAUGACACAGAGUUGACACAGAUUUUUAUGCUGCUGGAUAUAGUGGAAUCGGAUGAUUUUCUGUUUCUAAAGAGAAUUUUGCGGCAAUUGCAUCCAACAUGCGUUUUGCUCAGUUCUAAACAAGAUGAUCGACUAGUGCAGACACUGAAGUCUCUAGUUUCCACCAACAGUGAUGCUGGAAAUAUUUCUCUUGCAUCAGAUGAUAUUUCCCUCUCAACUGAACAUUCAAACAAACUUCAGUUCCUACCCAGUAUAGAUUUCAAUCCUGAUAUUUGCAAGAGACGAAUCUUAAAUUUAGACCUGCCAGGAAUUCCUGAUCACUAUACAGACACAGAAAAAACCCUGUAUUUCUCCUCUCUCAUCUCUUUUGACAACAUCACAACAAUCAGAGCAACGGGUGGGCUGCUGAAAUACCUGGAGAAGAUGAGGGUAGGGGUAGAGUUAGAGGAUGCCUCCGUUAGAGUGCCAGUGAUGGAUCUCAAAGUUGUCACUCUGGAUGACCAAGUAUCUCUGGAUGACACAGCCUUCAGUGCACUACAGAUAUUCCAGAAGGAGGCACAUCCCUCAGUCUAUAAGAUCGGACAAGGUGGAGCCAAGGAGGGACUCAGUCUGUUUGGCCUAUUAAACAGAUGCAGGUCACCAAUUGGUACAAGAAAGCUUAGACUGUGGUUUUUGCGUCCAAUCCGGGACAUAGAUGUCAUAAAGCAGAGACAGGAUGCAGUAGCCUUCUUUGUGAAUCCUCGGAAUAUUGAAGUUUUUUCUACCUUAACAGACUGCAUGAAGAACAUCAAAAACAUAGUGCCAGUUCUGAAGAGAAUGUACCAAGCUCAGGCGACCGUGAUAGACUGGCAAGCACUCUAUAAGACAGUUUAUCAUGCUAUUUACAUUGGAGAUUUGUGUAGAGCCCAGCCUCAGACUGUUCAUAUCUUUAGAAGGAUUAGUGAAGCAUUUAAAGAUGAUCUUCACAGAAUUGCAAAUCUGAUCAACAAAAUUGUGGAUUUUGAAGAGAGCAAAGUGGUUGGCAGAUUUGUAGUGAAGCCCAAUGUUGAUUCUGAAUUAGAUGACAAAAAAAGGACAUAUAACGGUCUGCCGGAUUUUAUGACAAAGUUAGCAGCAGAGGAGCUGGAGAGACUGAGUGAUGACAUCCAGGAGUGUAAUGUCAUCUACCUCCCACAGCUGGGUUAUCUAUUGGCGAUCCCACGUCUUGAUUACAUGCAGACAGAGGAAGACUUUGAAAUGCCAGGGCUAGAGUUUGUGUUUUUGUCAAACAAUAUGUUGCACUACAAAAGUGAUCGCACAAGAGAGUUGGAUAUACUUUUGGGAGAUACACAGUGUGAGAUUACAGACCAAGAAACUGCCAUCAUGCACAAGCUACAGAAUGCCAUCCUGGAGAGUUAUAGAACCCUGACUGAGGUGCAGGAUCUGUGUGCUGAGCUGGACUGCUUACUGUCACUAGCUGCCUCUGCAACAGAGUUUAACUAUGUCAGACCUUCAGUUGUUAGUGAAGGAGUUAUCAACAUCAAUGGAGGAAGACACCCAAUCCAAGAAGUUUGCUGCAGUCCCUUUGUGCCAAAUGAUACUCUAAGUAACACAAACAACGGAAAGAUGAAAGUUCUUACUGGGCCAAAUGCAUCCGGAAAGAGCGUCUAUCUGAAACAGGUAGCUCUGAUAGUAUACAUGGCUCACAUUGGUAGCUUUGUUCCAGCAGAAUCCGCGGUGAUUGGCUGUGUGGACAGGAUAUUCACUCGGAUAAGGACAAUGGACAGUGUGUCUGUGGGUCUGUCAACCUUCAUGAUCGAUGUGAACCAGAUGUCAGAGGCUUUAAGGGAUGCUACAGAGAGGUCUUUAGUUGUAGUUGAUGAGUUUGGUAAAGGAACAGAGCUGGUGGAUGGAAUGGCUCUGCUGUGUUCUUGUCUGUCAUUCUGGAUUGACAAAGGCAAGUCCUGUCCCCAUGUGUUGGUGUCCACACAUUUUCACAGCAUCAUUCACCAGCAGCUGCUCCCAGAGUCACCAAUGGUUAAAUUCCUGACAAUGGACAGUCUGACAGAGGAGGGGGAUCUCCUGUUCCUGUACCAGCUGGUGGAGGGACAUGCCAGGUCAAGCUAUGCCAGUCAUGUGGCUCUACAGGCAGGGCUGCCCCAGGAAAUUGUCAAAAGGGGCAAAGAGGUAUCUGAGCUGAUCCGACAGAACAAGCCAGUUUACGCCAUUGACACAGCUGACACAGAAACUCAUUUUAAAAGGAGUGAACUUAUUGUCAAAAAGUUUUUGGACCUGGACUUGGAAACAGAUGAUUUGGAAAGUUUCCUGAGAGAUUUUGUGAUGCCAACAAGUGAAGGGAAGCUGUGAAAGUGUUUCCUAAGAACUGCAGUAGAAAGAAACCAUUGAUCUGGAAAUCAUUCAGUAGUAUGAUGAAAUUGAAGUUAAUUAGGCGCAAUGCUUAAUUUAAGCAUUACACUAGUACAUGUACAACUAAGAAAUCAUAGCACUGAAAAAUGGAGGGGAUUUUGUUUAAAUUAUACCUUUUUUAUAGAGAAAUAUAUUGAACAGCAGUCUGAUUGAAAUCUGAUCAUUGAUGAUUCAAAUACUUGCUUCGAUCAUUUUCAUCAUGCUUUUAGUUUCAAUAAACUGUUGAAUGUUUACGAUGUGCAUUGUUAUGGUUUCAAGUAAAAAUGGUAAGGUUGGAAGUAGUCUUUUUUGUAUCAAAAGGGAACAUCCGAUUUUACUUGUGAAGGAUAGUAUGCAUAGGUAUUGCCUAUUGUAUUGAUUGAUGUUUUUUCAUCUAUUGUAUAAGACAGCGGAAUAUUAACUGGCAAGAUUGGAAAUAUACAGCUUACAUCAGUUUCACUUGUUACAGUCAAAAC